AUGCAGAGCGGACGCGUCAUGACCGGUCGGGACGAGCGGCGCAACCCGCUCGUGAAGCAGCUCGUGCUGGAGAACGACGGGCCGGCGAAGAUCAGUCACCUGAACUUUGGCUUAUUAUCAGAGAUAGACAUGAUGAAGAUGUCGGAACUGCGCGUCCAGUCGAAAGACCUGUUCCAAGUGCAGACCCGCGAACCCGCUGCACUGGGCGUACUGGACAAGCGACUGGGCGUCUCGAACAAGAAGGACUCGUGUGCGACGUGCCACCUCAAGCUCGCUGACUGUGUGGGUCACUUUGGCUACAUUAAGCUCGAGCUGCCUGUGUUCCACAUUGGCUAUUUUCAAGCCAUUACCGAGAUUUUGCAGAACAUUUGCAAGCACUGCAGUCGCGUGUUGCUGUCGCCUUUGGAUCGUGCGACGUUUCUCAAGCGCAUGCAGGACCCCCGUGCCGAUGUCUUGCGGCUAGUGGGUCUUCGGAAGAAAAUUGCGGCGCUGUGCAAAAAGACUGUCAAGUGUCCGUACUGCGACGCGCUGAAUGGCACUGUGCGGAAGAUCACGAGCACGACGCUGAAGCUCGUGCACGAAAAGUACCGAGCAAAAGCGACCCAUGACCUGCGCAAUGUCUUUGUCGCGCAGUUUGCCGAAGCGCAAGCGCAGAAUCCAGAACUCGGGCAGCACUUGUCGAAAGCACAGGAAGAUUUGAGUCCGCUGGUCGUGCAAGCGCUGUUCCAAGCGAUUCCCGAUCAAGACUGUGCCUUGUUGUGGGUCGAUGCGGACGAUGGACGACCGGAGAAGCUGAUCCUUAGUGCUGUGUUAGUGCCGCCAGUGUGCAUUCGUCCGUCUGUCGCCAUGGACGGCGGCAUUGGUAGCAAUGAAGACGAUAUCACGGUGAAACUGCAGGAGAUUGUGCAGGUGAAUUCAGCGCUGCGGGCUGCACUGCAGAAAGGCGCGUCGUUGAAGAUGGUGAUGGAAGACUGGGACUUUUUGCAGAUUCAGGUCGCGCAGCUCAUGAACGGAGACACGCCUGGGCUAGUCAAACCGCCGGGCACGAAGACUGGCAUUCGCACUCUAUGUCAGCGUCUUAAGGGCAAGCAAGGACGUUUCCGUGGCAACUUGUCGGGCAAGCGUGUUGAUUUCUCAGGCCGCACGGUUAUCUCGCCGGACCCGAACUUGCGGAUCGAUCAAGUAGGUGUCCCAGAGGACGUGGCAAAGACGAUGACGUACCCGGAAAAAGUAACGCGUUACAAUCUCGAAAAGCUACGCAAGUGCAUCGUAAAUGGACCUCAUGUGCAUCCUGGAGCAAACAUCAUCCGUAUCGAAGGUCAGAAGUUUACGAAAAACUUACUGUACGGUGACCGCGCCAGCUUGGCGGACGAACUCAAGAUUGGCGAUGUGGUAGAGCGUCACAUGGAAGAUGGCGACAUUGUGCUGUUUAAUCGCCAGCCUUCACUUCACAAGAUGUCCAUUAUGUCUCACCGCGUAAAGGUGAUGCCAUGGCGGACGUUUCGCUUCAACGAGUGUGUCUGUUCCCCGUACAACGCCGAUUUUGACGGUGAUGAAAUGAACAUGCAUCUUCCACAGACCGAGGAGGCCCGCACUGAGGCGAUCACACUGAUGGGCGUGGAGCAGAACCUCAUCACGCCCCGCAAUGGUGAGCCGUUGGUUGCAGCCACGCAGGAUUUCCUAACGGCUUCGUACCUGCUCACCCAGAAAAACAUCUUUUUCAACCGCGAGCAGUUCUGCCAGGUGAUAUCGAUCAUGAGCGAUGCAAGUGAGCACAUCGAGUUGCCCCUUCCGGCCAUCGUGCUACCGGUGCGGCUUUGGACUGGCAAGCAGGUGAUCAGCCUUUUGAUAAAGCCCAAUUCACAAACGAAGGUUCUAGCCAACCUGGAGCUAAAGGAGCGCAACUACACGAACAACAAGUACAUGUGCUGGAAAGACGGGUUCGUGUGCUUUCGCAACAGCGAACUCAUUUGCGGUAAUCUGGGCAAGAAAACGCUUGGUGACGGCAGUAAACAGGGUCUAUUCUAUGUGCUUAUUCGCGAUCACGGAUCUCACGAAGCCGCCCGGUGCAUGAAUCGUUUGGCGAAGCUCUGUGCACGCUGGCUUGGUAAUUUCAAAGGGUUUUCGAUCGGUAUUGACGAUGUGACUCCCUCGGAGGAGCUUGCAAAGCAAAAGGAAAAGCUGCUUCAGGCAGGCUACGACGCUGCGAACAGUUCAAUCGAAGACUACCGGCAGGGCAAAUUGUCGCUAAAGCCCGGCUGUAACGCUAUCCAGUCGCUCGAGAGCGAGCUCAACGGCUUGCUGGGUAAGCUGCGUGAGACUGCUGGUGCCGAGUGUAUGCGCACACUGCCGUUUCACAACAACCCGCGUAUCAUGGCUGAGUGCGGCUCGAAAGGCAGUGCCCUCAACAUCUCUCAGAUGAUGGCCUGCGUGGGUCAGCAGUCAGUGGGCGGCAAGCGUGUGCCGGAAGGCUUUGUGAACCGCACUUUGCCGCACUUCCUUCCACACGCUCUGCACGCGGCUGCCAAGGGGUUUGUGGCCAACUCGUUUUACAGCGGACUGACAGCCACUGAGUUUUUCUUUCAUACGAUGGGUGGGCGUGAAGGUCUCGUCGAUACUGCUGUGAAGACGGCCGAGACAGGGUACAUGGCUCGCCGUCUUAUGAAGGCUCUGGAAGAUCUGUCGUGUCAGUAUGACCAGACAGUGCGCAACUCGGAAGGAUCGGUAGUGCAGUUCACUUACGGCGACGAUGGACUGAAUCCGGCAUUCAUGGAAGGCGAUGAUCGACCGGUUGACUUUCAUCGUCUGCUGGAGCAUAUUCGCAACACAUUACCUGAUCGCGAGUCCCCUGCACUGCUUCCGUUUGAGCUGCGCCGUCUCGGCAAGCAGGUGGUGCAGCGUCCCCAGUUUCAAGCAAUUUUACCGACGGGACGCAAGUUCUUGAUUGAGAUCGAAGAGUUUUUGGGUAGCGUUGCAAGUGAAAUCGCUUCGAAUCGGACAGGCUGUGGGAUCGAAUCAAUGGAUACGGAUGUGAAGACGUACGCGUCGAAGCUAGAGAAGGCGUUUGAUGACGAUGAGGCAGCUAGUGUGCUGAAGACCAAGUCGGAAGCUGGCGGGGGGACAAAAAAGGAAAAGAAGAUCCAGAUUUCCACGAAUUUGGAAAAGCUUGCAAAGGUGCGUGGAAGACGACGGUUGACGAAGCCUGGUGCCGGGUCGGAAGAGGACACGGAUAACUCGGAUGAGGACAUGGAUCUGGAUCUGACCACCUACAAGAGUAAGGGGCUGGACAAGGUGGGUCUGCCUGAGUGGGAACGCGGUCGUUUCGAUACUGCUAAGUGCCGAGCGGAUUGGAGCGAAAGUGCGGGCAAGGACGGAACGUCUGAGAAGGAAGAGGCAGCGUGGCUGCUGUCGCACAACGUGUGUCGUAUCACGGUCAAGCAAGUCGAGAAGUUGCUGGAAGUGUCGCUGUACAAGUACAACCGCGCUGGAAUGGAACCCGGCGAGGCAGUGGGUGCUGUAGGUGCACAGUCUAUCUCGGAGCCUGGUACGCAAAUGACGCUGAAGACGUUUCACUUUGCCGGUGUUGCCAGUAUGAACGUGACGCUCGGUGUUCCCCGGCUCAAAGAAAUCAUCAAUGCGUCCAAGGUCAUUAGUACACCCAUCAUCACAGCGGCGUUGGUGUGCAAGACGGACGAACGCUCGGCGCGUAUCGUAAAGGGACGCAUUGAAAAGACUACGCUAGGAGAGAUUGCCGUGCACAUCAAGGAGGUCUUCGCUCGUGACCAGGCGUACCUUUCCGUAAAGCUGGACUUGGCUGCCAUCGAACAGCUACACUUGAAUGUCACAGCUCGGUCUGUGCGUAACAGCAUUUUGAACGGCGUCGGUGUAGGCUCGCGCGGUGUCCUUCGUCUGUUGAAGGAGCAGCACGUGCUGUUAAACGCGCGUUGUCCUGACAAACUGCGUCUACUAGCGCCGCCGAACUAUAAGGGCGCCCAGGGCGACACGCGUGGUGCUUACUUUGCUUUACAGGCACUCAAAGCAGAAUUGCCUGGUGUGAUUGUGCAGGGUAUUCCGACGGUGAACCGUGCGGUGAUUAAUUACGAGGAGGUGCAGAAGGAGGAUGCAGUGAAGUCGCUUCAUUUGCUGGUUGAGGGCUACGGUCUUGCUGAAGUCAUGGGCAUUCCCGGCGUCGACGGACUUCACACAACUUCAAACCACAUAAUUGAGGUAGAGAAGACGUUAGGCAUUGAAGCGGCGCGUGAGCUUAUCAGCUCCGAAGUAAACUACAUCAUGAGCGCUUACGGCAUCGGGAUUGACCGACGUCACUUGAUGUUGCUGUCGGAUAUCAUGACGUUCAAGGGCGAAGUACUGGGCAUCACUCGUUUUGGCAUUGCGAAGAUGAAAGAAAGCGUGCUGAUGCUGGCGUCGUUCGAGAAGACUACCGAUCACCUCUUUGAUGCUGCAGUUCACUCACGCACGGACGCUAUUGUGGGCGUCAGCGAGUGUAUUAUCAUGGGCAUCCCGAUUCCUCUGGGAACGGGUAUUUUCAAGCUGCUCCGUCAAGUCGAGAAACCCCGCUUGCAGCAGAGGCGGCCGCUUCUUUCCAGCCCACUCUAG